UCUGAACAACACAACAGGGAUCAAAUUUUAAUUGGCUUGGAAAAGUUUAUUCAAAAAGAAUAUGAUGAAAAGGCAAGACUGUGUUUAUUUGGUUCUUCAAAGAAUGGAUUUGGAUUCCGUAAAAGUGAUCUGGAUAUUUGUAUGACUUUGGAAGGCCAUGAGAAUGCAGAGAAAUUAAACUGUAAGGAAAUAAUCGAAAAUCUGGCAAAAAUUCUUAAGAGGCAUCCAGGUUUAAGCAACAUUCUGCCUAUUACUACUGCCAAGGUACCUAUUGUAAAAUUUGAACAUGGGCCAAGUGGACUAGAAGGUGAUAUCUCUGUGUAUAACACAUUGGCUCAACACAACACAAGAAUGCUAGCUACAUAUGCAGCUAUUGAUCCUAGAGUACAGUACUUGGGCUAUACAAUGAAAGUGUUUGCCAAGUGCUGUGACAUUGGAGAUGCAUCUCGGGGAAGUUUAUCUUCAUAU